AUGACCCCAGCGGGUGCGCUUCCGCGGAGCCGAUCGCAGGCGCCGCAGAGCUGCAGUCGGGCAUGGGUGCCCUCGUGGCCAGCGUGUCGAAGGCCCACUCGGCCCUGCAGCCGGUGCCGCUGCUGGCAGAGAGGAUCCGAGGGGGGGGGGGUCAACGAGGCCGCCAAGGCGGCCCACGACCUCGAGUCCACGCGCCGCCACCUGCACGUCUUCUUCCAGAGGCGUCGGGAGAGGCUGAGAAUGACGACCUCCAUGAUCGCCUGCCGCAUGAAGCGCCAUGUCACGGACUGGGUCACCGCCCAGCACGUCGCCCCGCACCUCCACGAGCGGCUGCGCCUGCUGGAGGCUGAGGCCGAGAGCGCGGAGGGCCGGAUCCGACGCCUCAAGCCGGAGGCCUUCCAUGAAGCAGGCGGGGGCUGCCGCGACCUGCCCGUCGGAAAGGCGUCGUCCGGCGAGCCGCUCUUCCGCGGCAGCGGCCCUUGCCGCAGGGGCGCGCUCGGGCCCGUGUUCAAGUCCGACGUCGCCGUUUGCUUGCGCGAGCUCGUGUUCGAGGACCGCGCCACCCGAACGCUUCGCCGCUUCGUGAGGCGGAUGCAGCACGUGCCCCUCAGCCACCGGAGGCAGCUCUGGGAGGUCGCCGAGAGGCUCCAGGCUGCGGCAGGCACGGCCCCGCGCGGCUCAACGAGAGCGUCGCCGCUCCCCCUGAAAAGGGUCGUGAUGUCGGAGGGCCUGGAGGCGCGCGUGCGCGAGCUGGCCAAGGACCCCGCUGACCACGUUCCACAAGCAAAGAAGGGCCUCCGUGGCGCCUACGUCACUCCCAUAGGGAGCCUCGUGGAGAGGUGA